AUGACGAUAAACUCUGAAGAGCGUGUUGAUACAGCUGAUCAGGAGACAGUCUCUUGGGAUCGCAGUAUUCCUGAAGACAUAAAACAAAAAGUACAGCCUAAAGAGGUUCCAGCAGAAAGUGUUACUGUCUGGAUUGAUCCGUUAGAUGCUACACAAGAAUACACAGAGGAUCUUCGACAGUACGUCACGACAAUGGUUUGUGUGGCUGUAAAUGGUAAACCAGUAAUAGGAGUCAUACACAAGCCGUUCUCAGCAUAUACAGCCUGGGCAAUGGUGGAUGGCGGGUCAAAUGUAAAAGCUCGUUCCUCCUACAAUGUGAAAACUCCAAGGAUUAUUGUAUCCCGCUCCCAUGCAGGAAAAGUUGAGCAGGUUGCACGGCAGACAUUUGGAAAUAAGACUGUGAUAAUCCCAGCUGGUGGAGCAGGUUAUAAAGUAUUGGCCCUCCUUGACGUGGCUGAAAAGAAUCAAGAAGAAGCUGACGUGUAUAUCCAUGUCACCUACAUUAAGAAGUGGGACAUAUGUGCUGGAAAUGCAGUGUUGAGAGCAUUGGGUGGCCAUAUGACUACCCUGACUGGUGAAGAAAUUAGUUACACUGGCUCAGAUGGCAAUGAGGGAGGACUUAUAGCCAGUAUCAACAUGGACCAUAAAGCACUAAUUGAAAAACUUCCAGAUCUGGAAAAAACAUCACACAAAUAAACUUGACUGAUGGAGAAGUACAAGUCAUGCUUUUGUAGCCUCCAAAUGCUCUGUCUGAAGAAGCAGGUGUGAGAACCUGCUGGGAAAGAUGCAAAGCAAAGCAGUUUGGUGUGGGUUUGGGGCCUAUAUUGUGCGUUGGGUUUCUUCAGUGGUGGUAUUUAAAAAAAAAUAAAAUAACAAUAAUCAGAAGUAGGAAGGGGACUGACUGCCUCACACCUCAGUUUCCAUGUUUUAUUUUUUUCAGACUGUUUUCAUGCAGUUCUUAUACUCAAGGUGCAUAUACAGUAUAUACUUGUGAAUGUAGGUGAACUAAAGAAAAAUCCGAAUUGAUUCAUAAAAUAACCUAAGUAGUUCUCACAGGAACUUCUUGGAACCUUUUGCAUCUUGUUACUGUAGUUGUAGCAACUCCAUAAUGAAUUAGGUAGGAAAAAAGGUUGGUUUGUAUAGGCAUCUGAUAACUCUGUAAACAAUUUAGCAGGAAACAUGACCCUGUGUUCUGCAUCCCCUGAACAGAAAGCACAAGGUUGACACAAAUUUAUAUGCAGCAACAGUUUGUCUUUGACAGUGUGGCACUCCUUCUGCUUUUUAAGAGGAGAAAAAAAGAAAUGUUCUGUACUAUUUUGACUUUUUUCCUGAAGAUGUAAACCAGUUUAGUUCAGAUAGGUUGUGAAUAUCAGUGUUUUAUUAAUCAGUGGAAUUAUUUCCAUAUACCUUUUUAAAAGAAGGCAACAUUUCCUUGUAUAGUUUUUAACAGUUACUUCUUGUCCUUGUUUUCUGCGUACAGUGUUGAAGAUGCAUGCUUGAUUUUUCUCUAAUGUAGGACUUGUUCAUCAUUUGGUGUUUGUGCCUGUAGAAGCAGCCUCUUCCUUCAGUACCCGUUUUUUUUGUUUGGGGUUUUUUUUCCAUUGGACAGAGUCAUAUGGAAUGAGUUUAACAGAAAUAGUAAGUUGAUUAGUUGUUUCCAUUUACAACAUAAGAUAUAAACCAGCAAUUUUUCUACAACCCCAAAAAUAACUUUGUCUUUUUAGGUUAAGGCACGCUCUUUUCUGCAGAAAGCUCUUGAGCCAUCCCAAACAGCUUGCAGUUACUUGGUUUGUGGAAAUUUACAUAGAGAGAGAUCAUUUGAACUUGAAUCUGUUUAAGCAAGUUUGAAGAACAUGUGGCGCUUGAAGUACAGCAGGGUCUGCAAAACUUUACCGAAAAAUGUGCUUUGUCAACACAGUAUACACAGAACAGAACAUGGGCCUUUUGAUAUCAAAUGACGAUUUGUUGCACCUCUAAAAUAUGUGGACUUCUAUCUGCAAAAGUGUAACCAUCUAUUGUUGUUCUCUGCACCCCUCUGAAGGGUUUCAGAAGGUUAAAAUGUACCUCUUAUUUGAAUUAUCAGUAGAUAACCUUCCCAUGUCAAGAAAGCUAAAAUUCUUAGUUAAUACAGAUGUUUUCUGUUCAAAGUUUCUUCAGUAUAAGCUUAGGCUGUUUAAACCAAAUUCUUACUUUCAUUUUCACUUCUUUCAUCAUAGUGCUGUUCUGAUUAAAAAGGCUUUUCUCCUUAUGUCAGUAGUGGAGCAUAUCUAGAUACCUCUUUUGACUUCUAGCUAAUGUUCGUGUUUCCAAAAGACUUUCUCAGUUGUUGCAUAACUACAGAUACAGACUUUCAUUUUGUAAACUUACUGGCACAGUAGGCUGAAGCUUAGUCCUACUAGCCUUUUGGUACGGAUAGGUUUUUUUUAGAUAACUGUUUUUUCCCAAAUUGACACUAUUGCUGCUAUUUGAAAAUAGCUUUUACACAUAUAGAUAAUACACAAAGCAACUUAACUUCCAAUUUUUAAAUUUAAUAAACUACUAUAUGCUAUGACAAAUAAGUGAAUAUGCCCUUUUUGAAAAGGGGCUGAUCUAUUUUGGAAAACUUGUUGAGCUUCCAAACCUCAGUGAAUAAUAAAAAUUCAGAUAUUUAUCAAGGCUUUGGUCAUAUUUUACAAGAAGACUGCAGCUUUUUUUCCUUCAGGCUGAUUUAAAUGACUUAAAGCCUAAUAAAAAAGCAUCUCUCUUGUCUAUUAGUUAAAGAACACGGAUUAAAAACUAAAUAUGAGAAAUAGCCAUAGUUAGCCUAGUAUAAAAACCUAAUUGUGUCACAGAGGCUGGAUGCACAAUAUUUAGAUAGGCAAUUAAGACAAAGUCUGUGGCAGGUUGUGGUUUUAGAUUCAGGUUGAAAUCAUGCGUAAACUUACCUUGUGAAAAUGUGACUGCUUUUAUUUUGGGUAUGAUUCUAUCACUUCCUUGCAUAAGCUGUGAUCAGGCUUAGCUUCUGUAAGAGAAAUGAAAAAUAAGAUGUUACAUAUCGUACAAGGGCUUACUUGCAUCUUAGUUGAAGGUAUGGAGCAGUAAACAGGAGUAUUUGCCUAAAUCAUUUUUCCUUAGGAAGAUAAGAUACAAGGAGCUUCAGCCCUCCUUUCCUUCCUCCAAUAUGCAGGCUAAAAUACC